AAUAGUCUUUACGACAGCUCGUGUUUUACGGCAAGGAAACAAACUGAGUUUUUGCGUUGCGCUUUACGGUAAAGAGGACGCCAGUCUUGCAAGUUAUUGCAGCGUGGUGGUGCCCCGGCCGGCAGACAUGGAUGUGGGGGAGCUGCUGCGCUAUCAGCCAGACAGGGGCACUAAAAGAGGGAGGGAGGAUGAUCCAGAUGAGUUGAAAGUUCAACGUAGAGAGAGAGGUAGUCGGAACUGGCACCGUGAUGAAGAAAGGGGGGCACAAGAGGAUGAGAGGAAAACACUUGAGAUCGGCGAUGAAGGCAGUAAUACAGAGGAUGAUGAGGUGGAGCCUCUGGAUGAGGGUGCAGUAAAAAGAAUGAUUUUGACUUUUGAGAAGCGGUCCUACAAGAACCAAGAGCUACGCAUCAAGUUCCCAGACAACCCUGAGAAGUUCAUGGAGUCAGAGCUUGAUCUGAAUGACAUUAUACAGGAGAUGCAUGUAAUCGCUACAAUCCCUGAUCUGUAUCACCUGCUGGUCGAGCUCAAUGCAGUGCAGUCUUUACUGGGUCUCUUGGGACAUGAAAACUCUGAUGUAUGUAUUGCUGUGGUUGACCUAUUGCAAGAGCUGACAGAUAUUGACACUCUACACGAAAGUGAGGAGGGGGCCCAGGUUCUUAUAGAUUCUUUGGUGGAGGGCCAGUUAAUUGCCCUCUUGGUGCAGAAUCUGGAGCGCUUGGAUGAGUCUGUGAAGGAGGAAGCAGAUGGCGUACACAACACUCUCGCAAUUAUUGAAAACAUGACAGAAUUCCGUCCGGAAAUAUGUUCUGAUGCAGCUCAGCAAGGCCUUCUGCAAUGGCUACUAAAGCGGCUAAAGGCCAAGUUACCAUUUGAUGCCAACAAGCUGUACUGCAGUGAAAUCCUGGCCAUUCUCCUACAGAACAAUGAUGACACUCGGGAACUCCUGGGGGAGCUGGAUGGAAUAGACGUGCUGCUUCAGCAGUUAUCGGUAUUCAAGCGACAUGACCCUGGCACAGCAGAGGAGCAGGAGAUGAUGGAGAACCUGUUUGAUGCCCUUUGCUCUUGUCUAAUGUUGAGCAGCAACAGAGAGAGAUUCCUGAAGGGAGAAGGACUGCAGCUCAUGAACCUCAUGCUUAGAGAGAAGAAAAUGUCACGUUGCAGUGCACUUCGUGUGCUAGAUCAUGCCAUGAUUGGCCCUGAAGGCAGUGACAACUGUCACAAGUUUGUGGACAUAUUAGGACUCAGGACCAUCUAUCCACUCUUCAUGAAAUCUCCCAAAAAGAUGAAGAAGAGCGGUGUCUCUGAAAAGGAACACGAGGAACAUGUGUGUUCUAUCCUGGCUUCCUUGCUCCGUAAUCUGAAGGGUCAGCAGAGAACCAGACUUCUCAACAAGUUCAUCGAGAGUGACUGUGAAAAGGUUGAUCGUCUUAUGGAGCUGUAUUUCAAGUAUUUGGAUGCUGUGCGGGUAGCUGACAAGAAAAUUGAGGGCGAAAAACAUGACAUGGUGCGCCGUGGUGACAUUCUAGAUGAUGAUUUGGAAGAGGAGUUUUACAUGCGUAGACUGGAUGCUGGUCUAUUUCUGCUUCAGCUUCUGUGUUAUAUCACUGCAGAGAUCUGCAACAGUAACCUUCCACAGGUUCGACAGAGAGUAAUGCAAAUUUUGAAUAUGAGGGGAAGCUCCAUUAAAAUAAUGAGACAUAUCCUGAAGGAAUAUUCUGAGAGCAUUGGUGAUGGAAAAAAUGAAGAAUUUCGAGAGAGUGAACAAAAGCGGAUCCAGGAUCUUCUAGAGACCCUGUGAAAUGAAACCUGAGCAUUGCACAAUAACAGGGCUUCGAGGAUGUGCUUUGUACAUAGUAUUUUGGCAUUGUUUGCAUCACACAUGACUCCUCCUUUUCUCACUCUGCAAAGAGGAUGUUUUCUGAAUAUGUUUCAUCAGAAUUGCAUGUUUGUCUUAUUUUUAUAUAAAGCUAAAAUAAAGAAAGUAAUACUC